CCGGAAAACCUUGCAAGUACGGAGAAGGAAGGGCCUUGCGCGGAGGAGCUUGUCACGGGUGCCGGCGCCGUCCGCUGCUGCUCCCCCUCGGGCCCGGCUGCGCUUUCCUAACGCUGCAACUUUCGCAACGUGACGAUGCUCCCGUUAACGUAAACCUGGUAGUUUGGGGUUGGUUUGGGUGUUUUGGUUUUUUUUUUUUGUGCAUCGACUUUUACCUCGCGCUGUUCCCCGGCCCCGAAGCUCGGCCAUCUCCGGGAGGCGGUCCGGCCGGCGCUGCUCCUCCUCCGCCCGCCGGGCCCCGCCACAACCCCAGUCGCCACAGCCGCGGCGGCCGUUGGGCUCGCCGUGACGUCAGACGCCGGGGCUCCGCCUCUUCCCCCGCUGCCGCGCGGCGCCCGCCGGUGACGUCAGGACGCCGGGGCGCGCGGCCGCCAUGGCCAUCUGUCAGUUCUUCCUGCAGGGCCGCUGCCGCUUCGGCGAGAGGUACGAGCAGAGGAGGAGGAGGAGGAUGGGGUACUGCUAACCAGAGAUACACGAAUGUUAUCCAGCCAUCUACCUUUAAGUCUAAUACAUGGGGUGGCAGCAGAGAUCACGGAAGAGGAUUUUUUGGCUCCUCUGAUUUUGGAUCAUCCGGCAGCAGCAGCAGAAAUGCAGACUUUUCACAGAACAGAUUCUCUGCGUUAGCGAGCAGUCAGAAUAUCACUGAUGGCUAUAAAGAUGAAGAGGAGAGACUUCUCGAAAGUGUAGUGAAAGACAUGGAAACUUGGGAAUCUUCAGGACAAUGGAUAUUUUCAUCUUAUUCGCCGAUGAAAGAAAAGCCGAAUGUCUCGGGAUUUUCAGAUUUCUCUCCAGAAGAGUUGCAUUUGGAGUAUUGUAACUGCAGAGCAAACAAUAACAUCCAGAACUAUAUAAAUUCUGUCCAACAGUUAGCAAAACAAUGGAAAAGUCGCCUGGUUCAGUUGAAAACUUUAAAUGCAUCAACAAAAGCAGCUUUGCUGUCUGAAUUAAAGAACACGGUCACUCAAUCAUUGCCUGCCUUUGGAUUUGGAGAACAGCAAACAUUGAGCUUUGGGUUGUCAAACUUUCCUGCGAACAGCAGCAGUAGCAGUGCUAGCAGUUUCUCCUUUAAAACAAGCUCCAGUCUCGUCAGCACAUCCUCUGGAAGCCGCCCUGCUUUCGGGAGCUCUUCUGCUGGUUGCAAUCCUCCUGCGUUUGGUGUGACCUCCUCUCCUGGCGUAUUCCAUCCUGUUGGUUUUGGCAGCCCAGUGACUCCAUCUGCAGCCUCCUUCUCCUUUAAAACUUCUGAAACAGCUAGUGGUUUUGGAACUUCUGGGUUUUCAGGGUUUGGCAAUUCUGCUGCUGCGAAUUCUUCGAGCACCGCCCCGCUUACAGACUUUGGAGCUUUUAAUGCAGCAGUAGCAGCUUCUCCCUCCCAUUCAAGCAAUACUUUAUUUGGACAGACUGCCAGUGCCUCUGGAUAUAACAGCACAUCAGAGUCUUCUGCAGUCACAGACAAUACUACAUCAGGGAAGUUAUUUACACCAACGAGCGAAUUGUCAGCUGAAGAGUUGAAACAAUUUGAAGCAAAAAGGUUUACGAUGGGAAAGAUUCCUCUUAAGCCACCACCAUUAGAACUUUUAAAAGUUUAGGACUUUUCAGUUUAUUCUGAAAUAAUGUGUUUGGGUAACUUCUUCGAUACCUCGACUACACAAUUUUGUCGUUGAGUAAUGAAAUAAAAUGCAUCCCUUUGAGUUAAUUUUUGUUUCAUCUUUAAGUCUUCUGUAAUAAUAAACUCACGGGUAUAAACAUUUGAACAUUGUAUUUUAGAAUAUCUUGGUUAUUUUGGAAUGGACCUUUUACCUCCAAGGAAUAAACUGAUGAAACUAAAA